AGACCGAGAGAGAGUGGGAAAAUGUAUCCGAGCGCCGGAAUCAAUGCGGCCGCCGUGGCGGCCGCUGCAGCUGCUAGGCAUCCGGGUCCACCGCAGCCCGGGCAGCAGUUCAAAUUCACAAUACCCGAGUCCUGUGAUCGAAUCAAAGAGGAAUUCAAUUUUCUCCAAGCACAGUACCACAGUAUUAAGUUGGAGCUGGAAAAACUUGCCCAGGAGAAGUCGGAAAUGCAGCGCCACUACGUCAUGUAUUACGAGAUGUCUUAUGGCCUGAAUGUUGAGAUGCACAAGCAGACGGAAAUAGCAAAGAGGCUGAACGCCAUUAUCGCGCAAAUCUUGCCGUUUCUCUCCCAGGAACAUCAACAGCAAGUGGCCACUGCAGUCGACAGAGCAAAGCAAGUCACCAUGACCGAGCUCAAUGCAAUUAUAGGACAACAGAGGCCGGAUCUGCCGAGGCUAUUGCAACAGAUGCAUGCUCAGCAGCUGCCACCUGGUACAGCCAUGGGUCCGCAUCCGGGUCUACCGGGACUUCCGGGCCUGGGUCCCGGAGCCGGACUCCCAGUACCGACCUCCGCCUCGGCCGCCCUCCUGAGCCUCGGACUACCUCCGGGUGCUGCGGCUGCGCCCGCUGGUUCAUCCCACCCCCUCAACAUGCUUGCUAAACCCGAACAUCAUCGGGGACAGCCGGACGACCUCAAGGCCAACGGAGGUCUGAAUCCAUCUGAGGAGAGGCAUAGAAAUUCGAUAUCGCCGGCUGAACGUGAAAAAUACAGCAGGCCGCGUAGUACGCCAGAUUCACAACAUCACGAUCACAUCCAUCUCAAAAAGUUAAAGAAAGAGCAGGAUAAGGAUAUAAGUCACCAGAGUGACGGUGAGAAAAGCGACCAAGACCUUGUAGUGGAUGAUGCCAGCGAGGAUGGACGCGGGGGUAGCCCUGCAGCCAAUGGCACCUCUUCUCCUCGAGAAAACGGACUCGAUAAACUCGGUCCGUCCUCUGUCUCGCUUGGCGGCCAAGUGAAGAAGGAGGCACCUCCACCAUCGCCCCGAAGCGGCACCAGCAGCAACGCCAGUACCCCGUCCGCCAAAAAGAUGGAAGAACGCGAGAAGCCAACCACACCGAUAUCAAAACCUGUCACACCCACCUCUGCAGGUGGCAGUAGCUCAGGAUCAGGCGGCCUCAAGUCCUCGAGCUCGAGUAAACCCCUGGUCUCGGCCUCGGCCAUAGGUCCAUACCCGCCGCAUUACCCACCUCCACAUCACGCACCCGCGGGACCCCACGUCGAUAUGCUCGGAUAUCCACCAGCAGCCCUCAACGGCUAUCCAGCAAGACCGCCCCUACAGCAACUCUACGAUCAUCACGGGAACAUGAGGGCGCCCCUUGGACCCCUUGCCGUUCCUGGUGGCAAACCGGCUUAUAGUUUCCAUGUGUCGAGCGAAGGUCAAAUGCAGCCCGUGCCCUUUCCGCCGGAUGCCCUGAUCGGGCCUGGAAUUCCACGCCAUGCGCGUCAAAUUAACACCUUAACUCAUGGCGAGGUCGUAUGUGCCGUAACGAUCUCCAACCCGACCAAGUACGUUUAUACGGGCGGCAAGGGCUGCGUCAAGGUCUGGGACAUAAGCCAGGGCGGCAGCAGCAGUGCCAAGCCCGUAUCUCAGCUCGACUGCCUCCAGCGCGACAACUACAUCAGGUCGGUGAAGUUGCUGCCCGAUGGGAGGACCCUCAUUGUCGGCGGUGAGGCCAGUAAUCUCAGUAUCUGGGAUCUGGCCAGCCCCACGCCUAGAAUUAAGGCUGAGCUUACCUCCUCGGCACCAGCCUGCUAUGCCCUUGCGAUAUCUCCAGACUCCAAGGUCUGCUUCAGCUGCUGCAGCGACGGCAACAUCGCCGUCUGGGAUCUGCAGAACCAAUCGCUGGUCCGGCAAUUCCAGGGCCACACAGAUGGCGCCUCUUGCAUCGAUAUUUCUGCCGAUGGCUCAAAAUUAUGGACCGGUGGUUUAGACAACACCGUGAGGUCGUGGGAUUUGAGAGAGGGCAGGCAAUUGCAGCAGCACGACUUCACCUCGCAAAUCUUCUCGCUGGGCUACUGUCCGACAGGCGAAUGGCUAGCCGUGGGCAUGGAGAAUUCGAACGUCGAGGUGCUUCACGCGACAAAGCCCGACAAGUACCAGCUGCACCUGCACGAGUCCUGCGUGCUGUCAUUGAGAUUCGCGUCCUGUGGCAAGUGGUUCGUUUCGACCGGCAAGGACAAUCUCCUCAACGCCUGGCGCACGCCUUACGGAGCAUCGAUAUUCCAAUCAAAGGAGUCUUCUUCGGUACUAAGCUGCGAUAUUUCGACGGACGAUAAAUAUAUCGUGACAGGAUCAGGAGACAAGAAGGCCACUGUCUAUGAAGUGAUUUAUUGAAGCGCCGAUGCGACUGUUAAUAUAUAAAUAAAAAUUAGACGACUAAGCUUGUUAAGAUAUUUAUGAAAGAGCACUGUAUCCAGAAAUAUCUCGCGUGCGGGCGAAAGUUUCUAGAAGACUUGAUAAAGUAGUGCAUAUUUUACAAAAGCAAGAUAAGAAAGAAAGGGAAAAAACAUUAUUAACCGUGCGUAAAAGUCAACGGUGCUAAUGUCAAGACAAUGAAUAAUAAAAAAAAAGUAACGAGAAUGCCAUGCUUAACAAAAACGUAAAAAAAAUUUUAAAAAAAAAAUAAAAAAAUCUGAGAAUCGAUAACGUAGAUGCAAGUUCGAAUAGCCGAACCAAGUCAUUCUUUUAAUUUUUCAGUGUUCACCAUUUUUACUCAUUCGAACCCUUUUAUUCUUUUAAUUUCGAUACCAAAUAAAGAAAUAACGGCAUCGACCAAAUUCCGAAAACUGCUUUGCCCUGACUAUAAUUAAGAGCGACACUACAGUUACUUUAUAAAUCUAUAAUAUGUAAUGAAAAAAGAUAUAUAAAAUUCGAUGACACAGGCAGUUAUUUAAUAUUGUAUAAAAUUAAAAGAAAACUUAUGUAUUUGUAAGUAGAAAGCGCGCUGAGAAAAGAGAUAGAGAAGAAUGCGAUUGUGUAUCCGCGAGACCGAUUUCAUCGACACUUUUUGUCGCGUGAAAAUCGAAUUUGUAAAAUAGAAUUUAUUAAUUUCUAGGUGCGAAUGCGAUUGUGUGUUUAUGCCGAUAUGUAUGCGAAUGUAUAUUAAGCGAAUAAAGCUACAGAUAUUUCUGAUGCUCGAGCCCAAGGUUAUAAGGAGAGCGAUAUUAGAUUAAAGUACAGUGUAAAAUGCAAAAUGAAAGUCUGCCUGCUUGAAUGCAGAUCGAGUCGCUUCUAAAUUAUUCGUGUAUCCUCGUGAGAAGUAAAUGCGUUAGGAAUUAAAGUAAUAUACGAGUUUUAAAAGAGAAUAAUAAGAGAUCGUGAAAGUAAUUUUAAGUAAUUGCAUAUUGCUACGAAAACCAUACAAUUUCUUACGUAAUGAAUAACAAAAAUUAAUAAAUAUAAAUAUCAGUAAUAAAGAAAGUUUUGCGCGCGGUAUCGGUAAUCGCUGUUCUAGAUAGCGUCAGGGCGCAUAGGCACAAAUACAUACAAGACGACUAUGCUUAUAAUCAGCAUAAAAGUAAAAUGAAAAGAAACAUGUAACGCCCCUCACUACGAGAUAUUUGACUAAAUAUUUUUAUGACUGUCAUUGUAAAACUGCUCGUUCGAGGGAAUGCAAGGCUAGAAAAUGAUUUGAAAAUAUGAUACCGAAGAUUUUGCACUUUUAUCUAAUAGUACAUACGCUUCUUUCGACAUGUUAAUUUAAAAUAAAGUGCGUUAAUACACAAUACUUAUCACAACUGCAUAAUUGUUUGAUUACUAUCGUUCGAUAAAAUUGUAAAAUCUAAGAUAAACACAUGAAAAUGAAACCUUGAAGUGCCUCGAACGAUGCUAAAGGCCCUUAUAAAAGGUAUUUAGAUAGCGCAAUAUUGUUCAAAGCCAGUUGCGAGUUAGAUGCAGAUACGGAUAUAUUUUGUUGGCAUUAAAGAUAGGUAUCUUAAGUAAUGGAGUUGUAAACGUUCUCUGUACUGUUAUUCCCUUCAGGAGGUAGUAUCUGUCGCCUUCUCUUCUUCGGUGAUUUCUAACGCGUAAACAGGAAGUUCAGGAGUUUCGACUCUUCGUUCCUUACAGCAUCUUUAGAUCUGCCUCAAAUGGUCGACUCGUAUCUUUGAUCAACUUCAGAUUGGAAUAGAAUAAUUGGUGUUUAUGUUUUGCGUAAUCCGUCCUCCGACCAUGCUCAAGCGAGCUUGAGGUAGAGGCUGUGGACGGAAUUUGGAAUUGACAACGUCAUUUAUGCUUAAGCUUAAAUCAUUAGAACUAACAUUCUUAAUACUACUAAUAUACAGAGUAGUAUCACUAUUUAUAUUACGUACUGGAUUGCGACUAGCUAAUUCUAAACUGAUGUUAUGAUCUGUAACGCCAUCGUGGUUAAGGAAGUCAGUAACGUUAUUAUUCCAUAGCAACAGUGCAUUGUGUACUGUCGAAGUACAGAUGUUACGGUCACCUUUGUCUCUUCCAAUCAGUUUCAAGAUAUACAGCUAAUAUAUAUCAAUAUUGAUGGAUACUCAAGACAUUCAGAAGCAGUAUGGGACCGAUUGAAAAGAUGCAAUUAGCAUGCUUCUCGGGCUAACAAAGCUGAUAUAGCGCUUCAAAAAUAUAUUAUUAAAGAAUAUGUGGUGUUAGCAGGUCAUUGCAACUCAUUGUUAUAUGUGCACUCUAGGUUGCGAUAGAUCGUACAGCUGCAAUUAAUCAGCUGAUAUCAUUGAAUAUUUAUCUAAAGUAUAUGGAAUACGAGGAGUCAAACUGAACUGGAUAUCAUACAUCGAGUAUAAGCUUUUGUAAUCUUCGCAGUACGCAUCUGCUACUAUAUAGAUGAAAGUGAAAACGUACGUGAUACACAGAAAAGAUUCUCUGAGUAAUGAAGGAUAUGCACCAAAAGAGUGAUGGAAGCCUCGCGUGUGCUAAUGAAAAAUAAGUGAUUUAAUUGUUUGAGUAUAUUCCACUGUGAAGUAAUGCAAAUUAUAAGGUAUCUAGAACAAAAACAUAAAUCGCAAGAGAGACAAAUUAAAGUCUUUUUAUGGACUUGAAGUAUGUGAUCUCUUGUUAUUAAUUCAAGCGGGUCAUACAAUAAUCAGGACACAUGUCGCAUUAUAUGUAUUCUGCCAAACUACUUGCUGUAUAUAGAUAAAAAUUCACGGAUAUGACCCUGUUAAUUAAAAUCUUCAUUUGUUAAAGUGUCAAAGUUGUACAACCAUGUGUAUAUAUUCUUCGUCGUCUCUAGAAAUAUAGGAGGCGAAGCUACCACUGUAUUCAAGACAAUUUAGUCGACUCAUAGGGCAAUGACGAUCCCGUAUGAAAUUGGUUCAAUUUCAAUAAUUUCACCCUAUAAGAAUCGGUUGAGGAUAUUAAUCUUAAAUAAUACGGAUAGCUCGAAUGGAUAAGUGUAAUAAAUACUGUAAAUGGAAAGAAACGCAUUCAUCUGAAAUAAAUUUGAUUUAACAGGUGUUAAUACAAACUACAUAAAGUAAUAACUAGCAGUCCAAUGACAAACUACCCUGGAAGGAUUGAGAUGUUGUACCCAAUAACGUCGAAGUGUUUUACAUCGGAUGAGACUAAUAUUACUAGAACAACAUACACGCCUCUUGUUGGGAGAAUCAGUUGCAGAGAAUGUUGCGAAAAGACCUUACGCUGGCCUGUGUCGCGUUAUUUCUCUUAUGGUUAGCGUGAACCUGACUCUCUACCAACGCCAUUAUAGCGUCAGUGGGGGGUAGUACGACCACUUCUUGAUCGCGCUUAUAUUUUGUUACAGGAAGACACAAAUUAUUACAUAGCCGUGAUCGUGACAAAAUCAUUUUGACACUUCUUCUUUAUCAGCAAAAGGCAUAACUAGGUUUUAAGUAUACAAAAAGAGCUUAGUGCCGAAGUUUUAUAAAGUUCAAAUAAUAAAAAUUUAUAAAGAUGACUUUGGACGAUCACGGCUCCGAUGAAUAGACCAAUAGAAACAACUAUACCUCAACAAGACUUAAUAGAUUAUUAUUGCUAAUGAAACAACUGUACAAAUCAAUAUUCUUUUACAGCUAAAUCAGGGAAAAAAUAAAAAUGAACAAUGAAGGAAUGCAACAUCCGUAAUUCGAUAAAAUAUUAUUAAAUAUAGACUCACUUCAA